AACUGCAAACGGCAAGACGAGUGUGUGUGUGUGUGUGUGUGUGACGAGUGACGACGCUCGGAGUCGAGGCGCAAAAAAUAAGUGGAAAAAAAAGUCCCGAUUUAACAUUGAUUGUUCCGUGAUUGUAGCGACUAGCAGCCUGUCGACAGGUACGUUCGAAGAUAGCGUAGGAGGCGCCGGCGCGUGACGUACUGUCGACUUAUAUUCUAAUUUUUUAAGACAGUCGAUCACCGGGUUUUAUCGUUUGUUGUGUCGUUGUUUCGUGUACCGUGUAUUGUACUAUUGCGUCCUUGUGUCUUAACGCCGCUUGCCAGAAAAUAGGAACUUUUAGUUUUCCAUUUCCCUCGAUUUCCCGAUUCUGGAUUUUUCAGUCUGCCGGCACCUCCCGGAGCGAGUAAGCUCGUUGUUUGUGCCUGCAGUUUUACGACCAGUGUCGGGGUAUAGCGAGUGGUGCCGGUGCGAUAUAUCUACACGCCUCCGAGAUGAUGGAUUCGCCGACCACACCGCCGGGCUACAUGUCCGAAGACGGCGAUAAUAAUGAAUCUCACAGUAUGAGUCCCAAUCCUACUGUGAUGGGAGUAUUGGACACCCAACCCGUCCUUUACUGCGAACCUGUAUUUUGGUGCUCAAUUAGCUAUUACGAACUCAAUACCAGAGUUGGAGAAACGUUCCACGCUUCUCAACCUUCUAUAUCAGUUGAUGGCUUUACAGAUCCCAGUAAUUCGGAACGAUUUUGCUUGGGUCUUUUGUCAAAUGUCAAUAGGACAAAUGUAGUUGAACAGAUUAGGCGUCAUAUCGGAAAAGGUGUACGACUUUACUACAUUGGUGGCGAAGUAUUUGCAGAAUGCCUUAGCGAUUCUAGUAUUUUUGUACAGUCACCUAAUUGUAAUCAGAGAUAUGGAUGGCAUCCAGCCACUGUUUGUAAGAUACCACCAGGUUGUAAUUUAAAAAUCUUCAACAACCAAGAAUUUGCAUCUCUUCUAUCUCAAUCAGUAAGUCAAGGUUUUGAAGCAGUAUACCAGUUAACUCGCAUGUGUACGAUACGUAUGUCUUUUGUAAAAGGCUGGGGUGCUGAAUAUAGGCGACAGACAGUUACAUCUACACCUUGUUGGAUAGAACUACAUUUGAAUGGGCCAUUGCAGUGGUUGGACAGGGUUCUUACACAAAUGGGUUCGCCUCGCUUGACAUGUAGUUCUAUGUCGUGAUUCAACUUAAAAAUUUAAACCCACCUUUAUUAUUACUAUAUUUUUUUUUAACUGUACAUAACUCUUGGAAUGGCUGUCUAGUUUAAGGUCGUGAAUUGAAUCUGUAUUUAACCUAAUCGACUAAUUGGAACAGUGGUUUUGUGUUUUUAUGUUUUUAUGUAACAUGGAAAAAACAACAUUUACACCGAAAUGUUAGUGAUAGAUAUUUAGAAUUAUUAUUGAGUAAUAGAGUUAAGAAUUUUUAUUAUUAUUAUUAUUAUUAAUAUAUUUUUUUUAUGUUAAAAAUAAAAAUUUUAAGUAACAUGACUUUAAAUAUAUAUAUGAAUAUAUUAUAGUGUUAAGUUUUAAGCUUUUAUUUUAUAGGUUUGUUCAGUUUGAAUUAAAUUGUUUAAUGUUGUAUUAAUUUAAUUUAAUAACAAGUGAAGCCAAUAAAAAAUCUAAAACCAUAGAACUUCUAGCAUUAAAUGAGCAUGUCCAUCAAACUGCUUUUUGCAUUCACCACGUGCAAUAUUUUUUUCUUAAUUAAACUGAUAAGCCAUGUUUUGUAAGCGCCCAGGUUGUAGACAGAUGAAAUAUGUUAAAUAUUGUUUAAUAUUAAGCUACAUACAAUUUUGAAUUCAUUGUUUAUAAAGUUAAAUACAUCUCAUUGUUUUGGCGAAUAAUUAAUACAUUUUAUAAAUAUUUAAAUAAUUUGUAUAUAAUUAUAUUAAAACAUUCUUUUCAUGUGAGAUUUUGAAAUAAAUUGGCAAUUGUGAUGUCAAUAA